AUGAGCUCAUAUGGAAGAGAACGAGGAGGACGAUUCAACCAUCGUCAACAUCAACAUCAACAACCAUACCAACCAAGAGGAGGAUAUCCAGAUCAAAGUAAUGAUUCAGUAAUAACAUGCGCAUUCUACAACAAAAUAGGUGCUUGUCGACACGGGGAAAAGUGUUCCAAGAAGCAUAUUAAACCAACCCAAUCAAGAACCCUCCUACUAGCCAAUCUAUAUCAAAAUCCCAAACUCAACAAGAAUGAAACUGAAGAAAUCACCGAGAAGCAAAUUCAGGAACAAUUUGAUUUAUUUUAUCAGGACCUAUUUAUUCAUUUAGCCCAAAUGGGUGAAGUAUAUGAUUUGGUGGUUUGCGAAAACGAGAAUAAUCAUUUGAAUGGUAAUGUCUAUGUGCAAUUUACAUCGGACGAAGAUGCAUCUUUGGCCAAUACGAGGUUGAAUCAAGAGUGGUUUAAUGGUCGACCGGUACAUUCUGAUUUGUCACCAGUGGCAGAUUUUCAUGAUGCUCAUUGUCGAGCUUAUGACACUAAUACGUGUGACAGGGGAGAAAUGUGUAAUUACAUGCAUAUUAGGCAUCCAACACAGAGGUUGAAGCAACAGUUGUAUGAAGCUCAGGAUAAGAUGUAUACCGCUGUCAAGUUGGAGAAAUUGAAGAAAAAGUUGGAUGAGUUAAAUGAUCAAAAGUCUACAACAGGAGGAGUGGCUGGUAGUAGUGAUGUUGGCUCUGUUGCUGAUAAUGCAGAUGCAGAUGGAUAUGAAUAUGAAUAUAGUGGUGGUGAAACUACUAAACAAGAUACUAGUAAGUUACUCAAUCUGUUAUUUUGA